CUGCCUGGCAUUCAUUCUGUGUAUUUGAUAUUCCACUGAAGGCAAAAGCUGUACGUACGUACUACGCUGCUGAACAAACCGAGACCGAUACAGCAACUGAGAGCACAGCACAGCACAGCACACAACUGACUUGAGUUUUUAGUAGAAGAAAAUUUAUAAAGUGAACAAACAACAGCAAAACGCCAGUGCACAAAAUAUAACCACGAGUCGAUAUAUCGACGAGGCCUGCAAUUAAAACGCAAAUUUGGCGACAUUUUCAUACGGAGUACUCUGAGGGAGCGGCAAAUUAGGUAUUUUGAUUGAGCCAGCGUCAACAAAUCCACAAAAUCCAGAGCAAACAUGAGCGGCGAGCGCCCGAAGCGUCCAUUAUCAGCGUACAUGCUGUGGCUGAACGAGAACCGCGAACAGAUCAAAAAGGAAAAUCCCGGCAGCAAGGUCACAGAUAUUGCCAAGCGCGGCGGUGAGCUGUGGCGCGGCUUGAAAGACAAAACUGAAUGGGAACAGAAAGCCAUCAAAAUGAAGGAGGACUACAAUAAGGCGGUAAAGGAGUACGAGGCAAACGGCGGCACCGACUCCGGCGCGCCCAAGAAGCGAAAGAAGGUGGCCGCGAAGCCCGCCAAGAAGGCCAAGAAGAAAGAGUCCUCCGAGGAGGAUGAAGAGGACGAGAGCGAGUAGAUGCUCUGGCAGCGUUCGCAUCAGUUUUAAAAUACAUUUUACUAAUGUAAUUUUUUAAGUGACAUAAAACAAAU